UCCAAUCGAAAAUCUCUAUAUGCUCUAAGUGGGUGACAUAGUGACAAACAAAUGAAAGUUUGAGAAGAGCAGUCAUAGAGGAAAAAUAAAAAACAACUCUAUCGUCCAGGUGUCAUAUUUGUCCUUUCUUUUUUUUUUUAAAAAAAAAUUAAUUAAAAGUUGGCUGUCCAGUGAUGGAAUUCAACUUUGACUGAUCUCCCAUUUCCAGUUUUCUUGCUUGAUUUUUAAUCUUAACAUUCAAUUCUUACAAGUUGCAUCUCACUUUUGAUAUUCUCUAUAUAUAAAUACCUGCACCUUCUUCUACUAGCCAAAAUCAGACCAAUCUUUUCGCUUAUUACUCUUUCAGAUAAAACCCAAAGCUCACUUAAAAAUGGGUUCCACUAGAACUCAUGAACUUGACAAGCCUCAUGCAGUUUGCAUACCAUAUCCUUGCCAAGGUCAUAUCAACCCUAUGUUAAAGUUAGCCAAAAUCCUCAAUCACAAAGGCUUUCACAUCACUUUUGUCAACACUGAAUACAACCAUAGGCGUCUCCUUAAGUCUCGCGGCCCUGAUUCCCUCAAAGGGUUUCCAUCUUUUCGAUUUGAGACCAUUCCUGAUGGCCUCCCACCAUGUGAUGCCGAUGCAACUCAAGAUAUUGCAGCUCUAUGUGAAUCCACUACCAAUACUUGUUUAGGUCCUUUCAAAGAGUUACUUGCAAAGCUCAAAAAUACUAACGUGCCACCUGUCUCAUGCAUCGUUUCCGAUGGUUGUAUGAGCUUCACUCUUGAUGCUGCUCAAGAUUUGGGUAUCCCUGAAGUUCUCUUUUGGACACCAAGUGCUUGUGGUGUAUUAGGUUACGUGCAUUACCGCGACCUUGCUGAAAAAGGAUACUUUCCACUUAAAGAUGCAAGUGACAUGACCAAUGGGUAUUUGGAAACGGCGCUGGAUUGGAUACCAGGCAUGAAAGGUAUACGUUUGAGGGAUUUACCAAGUUUCUUGAGAAGUACAAAUCCAGAUGAAUUUAUGUUCAAGUUCCUUGUCCAAGAAACAGAUAGAAGCAAAUCUGCUUCUGCAAUUGUUAUCAAUACAUUUGAUCCAUUAGAGAAGGAAGUUCUUGAAUCACUUCAGACACAUCUUCCUCCUAUCUAUGCGAUUGGGCCCUUGCAUUUUCUUGUAAAACAUAUUGAGGACAAGAAUUUGGAGUGCUUGGGAUCUAAUCUUUGGAAAGAGGAUCCAAAGUGUCUUGAAUGGCUUGAUUCCAAGAAACCAAACUCUAUAGUUUAUGUCAAUUUUGGGAGCAUCACUGUCAUGACCGCAAACCAACUAAUCGAAUUUGCUUGGGGACUUGCCAAUAGUCAGAUGGAAUUUUUGUGGAUCAUAAGGCCUGAUAUUGUAUCAGGGGAACAAGCAAUUCUUCCAUCCAAAUUCGUGGAAGAAACUAAAGAAAGAGGGAUGUUAACAAGUUGGUGCCCGCAAGAACAAGUCCUUAGCCAUCCUGCUAUUAGAGGGUUCUUGACUCACAGUGGAUGGAAUUCAACCCUUGAAAGUAUUGGUAGUGGGGUGCCAAUGAUCUGCUGGCCGUUUUUCGCGGAACAACAGACUAACUGUUGGUUCAAAGGAACCCAAUGGGGAAUUGGAAUGGAAAUUGACAAUAAUGUGAAAAGGGAUGAAGUUGAAAGUCUUGUGAGAGAGUUGAUGGUGGGAGAGAAAGGCAAAGAGAUGAAGAAAAAGGCAAUGGAGUGGAAGAAAUUGGCUGAAGAAGCUGCUUCAAAACCAACAGGAUCAUCUUACGUGAACAUAGACAAAUUGAUCAACGAAAUUCUCCUCAAACACUAGAUGGUUUAUUUUCAUAUUUUAAUUUCCUGCUUUGAGCACUUGUUUCCCACUUUUGUUGUAUUGCAACUUGGUCUAAUAUGAUUAAUGAUAAAAGAAAAAUAUAUCUUGCUAAUAAA